AUGGCUCCACGGCGGUCUGCCAGAGUCAGCGCAGCGUUGAAGGCGUCAAGCAGCAAGGAAGACCCCGACAAGAAGAAGACAGACAAACCAACAGAGCUAAAGAAGAAAGGCGGCAUCACCAAGUCGAAAGCUGUGCCAAAGACACCGAAGAAGACACUCUCCGCUGCCAAAAGCAAGGCCGUCACAGCUACAGACACAGUGAUACCACCAGCAACUCCCAAACGGGCCCACAAGACACCAGAGCCCACCAUCCAGAGACCAACAGACCUACCACCAUCGCUCCCUCGCACUACCAGUAAUAGUAAUAAUAACAACAACAAUGCCAAUACCGCAGCAGACCUGAACCGGCCCAUCGACCCGCAUCGUACAACUGCUACACUUCUCACCCCUCGCGGCUCACACAUAACAGCAUACCCAUCAAACAUAGCCGAUGCCUCCCCUUCGAAGACUGGCCUCCCCCGCCCAACAACCACGGUUGGCAACCUGCUCACAGACGCAAUCGACCACCUGCUCACUGUCGACGGCAAGCUAAAGACCGUCAUCGACAAGUUCCCCGAUGCCCCCUUUAGACCAGCUGACCUGGCAGUCGAAAUCGACCCGUUCCAAGCCUUGGUCAGCGGCAUCAUCGGUCAACAGGUGUCCGGGGCGGCUGCAAAGUCGAUAAAGAAGAAGUUUAUAGCUCUGUUUAACCCUGACUCUGCAGACGAGAGCAGCAAGACCAAGGAAGACGGUGGGCAAGGCGAUCAUGAUGAUGCGGGUAUGCGGUAUAAGCCUGUUGCUUUUCCCAGUCCCCAGCAGGUGGUUGCCUGCGACCUGCCUACGCUACGAACGGCCGGUCUCUCCCAGCGUAAGGCAGAGUACAUCCAUGGCCUGGCUGAGAAGUUCGCUUCGGGUGAACUGUCUGCUCGCAUGCUCCUGACGGCCAGCGAUGAGGAGGUUCUUGAGAAGCUGAUUACCGUGAGAGGGCUGGGGAAGUGGUCUGUCGAGAUGUUUCUCCUCUUUGGGCUGAAGAGGAUGGACGUCUUUUCCACCGGUGACCUUGGUGUUCAACGAGGUAUGGCGGCAUAUGUGGGUCGAGAUGUUAGCAAGCUAAAGGCAAAGGGAGGCGGUAAGUUCAAGUACAUGUCCGAAAAGGAUAUGAUAGAGAUAGCGGCGCCGUUUUCGCCGUAUAGAAGUCUUUUCAUGUGGUAUAUGUGGAGAUGGGAGAAUGUAGAUGUGGCCGUCAUGCAGGCAUGA